UCGUGAGAGCUCACGAGCAGCUGCCCAGAUAGCGACAGGGAAGGAAACAGUAAUGGUGGGAGGAAGCGCGGCGGCGGUCUACCAAGAGAAAGCACGGCAGAGGGCCAUUGGAGGAAGCAGUGGGCCCACCAGCGAGAAAAAGCAGCCACUGGCGGGAGGUACCAGGGUAGAUGGUGGGCGGGAGGAGGUGGCGAGCUGAGGCGGCUGGUGGGAGGGCAUGUGGCCAGCUGGCUAGCCAAAAAUAAGCCCUGGCAGCGGGGGGUGGAUAGAGAGAAAACGUCUGAGGCAAACUAGAGGUGCAGAUGCUCUGUGCCCAGCCCAGCUAGUAUUUAAUAAAACAAAAAACCCCCACCAUAUUAAUUUCCCAUGCUGUGUCUCAAAUUUUUUAAGUAGCCAAGUAGUUGAACUGAAAUACUUGAUGAGUGGGAGGAAAUGAAUGACACUUAAUGUGGUUUCAGUGUUAUAGUGGAACAAAUUCAGAGCUCUAUGUGGAAAGAAAUUACUUUUAUUGGAAUCUGUCUUCUAUAUAUAUAAUUCUCUAAGGCUUACCCGUGGCUAAUCCUGUGCAUGGCAGCUCUUGCGAGAGUUCGCAAAAAGAAACACCAUGGUGAUUGGGCAGUGGAGAUGCCAUAUGCAGAUAGAAAGGAGGAGCCUGUGAGAGCACAAGCACCAUAGUGAUUGGGCAGUGGGGAUUCCAUAUGCAGAUAGGGAGGAGGAACCUGUGAUGGUUAAGGUCAGUUGGAAUGCAACUGUUACUGGUUGGAAGAUGAUCUUGAUUGUAGCGGAGUGGAAUCUAUAUAUAUCUCAAAGGAUAGUAGGGAGGGGUCUGUGAAGAAACGGGUCGUGAAGGAGGAAAGAGCCCGUUCAGGAGAAAGAGGCUGAUACUGGCUGACGUACUCUCUCCCUCGUUGUGAACUUGGACCGGCUGACGUACUCUCUCCCUCGUUCUUGAACUCGGACUGGCUGACGGACUCUUCUGGCUCUUCUAACUUAUUGACUGGCUGACGAUCCUUCAACUCUCUUACUGCGAGAUGGCUGAUGAAAAGAAAUCCUUUAAGAGGUGUGAGCACUGUAAAGCAAAACUCCCCUCUAAGGAUUUGCAUGACUUAUGUCUCAUCUGCUUGGGAGAACAGCAUAACGUCACCACGUGUAAGAUAAUGCCUAUCUUUUUCCAAGCAGACCCGGAAAAACCGCACGCUUCGUCUUCACGCUGCUAUAUAUAACGACAUGCUGAGCCCCUCGACGCCGGGGACACCCUGCCCGUCGACGUCGACCUCGCACAAACCUAAAUCGCGGCCCCAACGAGCCUCGACUCCAAGUCCUGACCAUCCUUCCAAAGUUGUUCCGAGUAAACCUGACAAACGAAACUUGACACCGACCGCUCAUCCAACGCCGCCCUUGACAUCGACACCGAAACCCCCAUCGACAUCUAGUGGGAAAUCCACAUCGGUGCGCAAAGAGGACCGCCCUUCAACAUCGACCUCAGGUUCGAAGGCUGCUCUCCCCUCGAUACCGACAUCGCCAAAGCGCAAGAACACCGAUCACCCCUCGACACCGAAUGGGAAGCGUCAAAGGCUUAUUGACCUGACGGUAGAACAUACUCCGUCACCCUCAAGUGUGCAAAUUCGCUCCCCUCCACCAGAGCCUGACUGCACCACCUGCGCGCCACAGUCUUUGAUCGACACCGAGGCUUCGACCCCAGUGCAACACCCAACGCACAUGACUCUGAAGCCGAAUGCUACCAUUCUGAGAGCCCUUUUCCUUUCACCGGCUCCGACGCCAAUCGCCUCUUCUCCUCCACCCACACCAAGGACGACCGCUCUUCCUCUCAUUCACCAGUGGUCUCUGUAGCCAGGCAAGUCUCCCCUCGAUACCGACCACCGACCUUCGACAUCGAGGCUGGCGAAACUGUCGAUCCUGCAGUACCUCUCGUUCCAACGGAGUCAAAUGCACUCCUUACUUUGCUGGACUCGACGUCGAACACUCUAUCGACGUCGACGUUUUUGGGUUUUCUUCCAGAAAUGGAGAAUCCAGAGCCUGCAUCCUCGCUUGCUCGUCCAUCAUCUACACUGACAGCAGCCCACCUGCAGAGCCCUCUUUCAUGGCACACAUGCGGUUUCACCCACACGGGGUCUAUCCAGGGUCUUGGUUCUUCCUCACCAGCGGCUGCCUACGUGUGUGAUUCAGCCAGACCGUGGAGACCUGUUUCUCAACUUUCCCUACCUGCAACGUUGCCUGUGAUUACACGCCCAGAACGCACCAUGGCCUCCACGCAGACUAAUGCUGUUACUCUGACACACCAAGUCUCGCAGACUAGAUCUGUUGGGACACGCUCGGUGUCCACCCAGACGGAUAUCCCUGUCUUUCAAAGAACUGCUGCAGAAACCCAGACCGCAAUACCUGCAUCAUUGUCUACCUCACACUCUGACCACUGUGGUUCCGCCGAUUUCGUAUCAGACCAGGAGGAGGAGGAAGUUGUUGUAGAGCCGCCAACUGAGGUGGCCCCUGCCACCUAUGUGUCACCAAAUGAAGAGCUCAAGAUGUAUCAUAAACACGUGCGGGCUAUGGCUGAGGCAUUAGGACUGGAUCUUCGCUCAGAACUAGCCACCAUAGAUGACCUGGUCUAUAAUUUCAUGCUCAAGACCCAAUCAACAGCGCCCGUUGCUUUGCCAAUGCUUCCUGUUAUAACGCAGGCCGCCAAAUGCGCCUGGGAGGUACUUCACACUUCCACCCCAACGUCUAAACGCCUGGAAAGCUUGUAUCGCAUCCAGGACAAGGAUAAUGCCUAUCUCCACAAACAUCCUGCACCAAAUAGUUUGGUAAUUGAUUGCGCAUCUACAUCUAAAACUGGGAAGCGCUAUACAGUACCACCUGACAAGGAGAGUAGAAAAUUGGAUCUCUUGGGCAGGAAGGUUUACUCAACCUCCUGCCUUUCCAUUAAGGUGGCUAACUACUCCGCUUGUACAGCUAAAUAUAGCCACAGCAUCUGGGAAAACUUAGUUAUGGACUUGGACACUUUACUCCCAGAUGAGUUUUGAAAGGAAUUCUGCCACACUUUGGAACGAUCCGGUGACCUGACCAGACAGCUCCUUAGCAUCGCAAAACACUUGGCAGAAAGUGAGUCCCUGGCAAUGACUGCUGCGAUUACCCUCCGCAGACAUGCCUGGCUGCGCUCCACUAAUUUGCAGCCUGAUAUGAAAGAGAAGAUAGAAGGGUUGGCCUUUGAUGGUUCUGGCCUUUUCAGUGAAGCAACCAACUCGACGAUGGAACAACUAAAAAAAUCGAAGUUUACAGCAAAAACUUUUACAAAUCAAGCUUCCACUUUGACCUCCUACCAGUCACGGUUCCGCUCCUCUUUCCAGAGACAGCGGCCUCCAUACCAUCGCCGGGAUUACCGCAGGCCUUACACCCAGUAUCAAAGGAGAAACUAUCAAGCCAAAUCAAAAUCUGGUUAAGCUAAGCGCAAAUCCACCGACGCCCAAAAGCGUCCCUGAACCAUCUGUCAGCUCACUGACACUUCCUCUUUCCCCAUCCCUGCCUGCGGGGGUUCAACCAUCAUCUGCGCCGCCACAUUACAUCAGACUGGCAAGCCAUGCCCCCGCAUGGCACCACAUAACAUCAGACCGCUGGGUCCUGAAAAUCAUAUCCUCGGGGUAUGCCAUCGAAUUCAGGACGAUACCAUGGUUCACGGGAAUGAGGUUCACUCCUCCGUGUGCCUUACAGGAAGAGGUAAAUGAGCUACUGCAAAAAGGAGCAAUAGCCCCGGUGUCAUGGGCGGACAGGCGGAGAGGUUUCUAUUCCCGCUACUUUCAAAUCCCCAAAUGGGAUGGGGGAAUUCGUCCCAUUAUGGACCUCCGCCAUUUGAACAAGUUUGUACGCGUCCGGAAGUUUCGCAUGAUGGCAUUGCAACAAAUUCUCCCUCUCCUACAAGGAGAAAGGUGGCUUGCAACGCUGGAUCUCAAAGAUGCCUACUUCCACAUCAGCAUCAGACCUCAACACCGGAAGUUCCUAAGGUUCACCAUAGGAACCCAAGUGUUCCAAUACAAUGUACUACCCUUUGGACUGUCUACAGCCCCAAGGGUCUUUACGAAGUGCAUGGCCCCAGUGAUUGCCCAUCUAAGGACACUGGGGAUUUCGAUUUAUCCGUACUUAGGCGAUUGGCUCUUGACCUCAAAGAGCAAAGACGAGUUACUUUUGCACAUCCGCUGUGUAUUGGACCUACUUCACGACCUGGGCAUCCAGGUGAACUGGACCCAGUCCUAGUGACCACGUACAUAGGCGCUGUCUUGGACACAAACAGCCAAAGGGCAUACUUGCCAGAAGAGCGAUAUGUUUGCAUUCGGGACCUAGUGGGUCUAUGCCAACGAUCCCCUGUUCAAACGGCUCACACAGUACAACGCCUUCUGGGCCUAAUGGCUUUUUGCAGCACCGUCAUCCGCUUUGCACGCUUGAAGAUGAGGAAACUGCAGCUGUGGUUCCUGUCUCUCUUCCACCCGACCAGACACAGCCAACGAAGAUGUUUAGAAAUCCCGUCCCUGGUCCUGGACUCACUCACCUGGUGGACUUCUGCCCAUGGGGCAAAUAGUCAUACAUGUGGCACUCUGUGCAAUACACUGGGAAGUGCCCCUUCCCCUGCUGACCUUCUAUCUUCAUACUGUUUUAGUUGGCUGUUUACAGUAUUUAGGGAGCUUAUUGUCUGUUUAUUAGAUAGUUUACUAGGAUAGGUCUCAGCUGUAAUGGUCAGCUAUUUAACCGUCCAAACAGCCUUUCCCAAGAAUAUGAGGGAGGGAUAUGUAUUUACGUUCUCUUCUCCACCAGGCUCCUUGUGAUUGCAGGGGCUUGUUCCAGGUUCCCCUUCACACUUCCCGCUAAACUCCUGCAAAACUCCAAUGUCCUGUUUGCUAUCCCUGUUCGCUAUGCUCUCGGGCCUUCACCUCAUACGUAGAGUAGCCUCCCAACUGUCACACAGGAUGUGAGUCAAAGGAAAGGAAUGUGGGGCCUCUCCCAGCCCUAGCUGACUCCACCCCCACCAAGCAGCCACUAAGUAAACACUGCCUUUAGGUAACCCUAAGAACUCCUAGCCAUGUGAUAUCUUAACCCUAACAAGUAACCCUAACAAGUAACACACAGAGAGAUAGAGAGACUAAGACCUACCCCUUAAAGAGAAACAGCCCCUGCAAAACUCCCCUCUUCCUGUUAGUUUGUUUGAAGGGGAAGAGGCUAGAUGUUUAGAAAGGCUUGCUCACCUUCUCAGCUGUGUCUGCUCUUCCCAGCCUCUCUUUGUGCCACGAAGGAUAACCUCAUGGCACUCCAUCAGGUUCUUCUGUUUAGCGCUCUUCCCUUCUUUUUUGCUGUAUGACUCUUAUCUCUCUGCUCUUCCAGGCUGGAUCCUGGCUUCACACUCUCCUCCUUGAAUAGCUCCCAUGUUGAUCUACUGAAUGAAACGUGGCACAGGAUCAGAGGCUUGAGAACGGUGGAUCUUUCAGCUGAAGGAGAGAUGCUGUAGCUGGGAACAACAACUUGGGAGCGGUGGUCUGGUUUCUGGUGGUCAAGCAGACAGUUUGCUCAGAGCGAGGCAGAGAGUGAAGGUACCAUGGCUGGGGAAGUCUUGACUUCUCACUGCACAGUGGAAGUCACAGACAAUUCCUGUCCAUGGACAGAGUUCCUGCUUGUUGCCCCGUGGCUUAGGUGCAAACCCUUGGAUUGCUCAUGAGCAGAUCUUGCUUGCAGGCAAAAAACUGUGUGUAGGCACAAGACUGCUAGGGGGUAUCAUGGCUGGGGAGUCUUUACUUCUCACUUCGCAGCAGAAGUCACAAACAGUCCCUUCUCCCAUGGAAAGAGUUCCUGACUCUAGCCCCGCGGCUUGGGCAGCAAAUUCUUCAGAGUAGCCUUCCAACUCAACUCCUCAGGAGUCUUUGAUGAGGAACUUUGUUGAAAGCCUUUUGGAAGUCCAGGUAUACUGUGUCAACUGGAUCACCUUGAUCCACAUACUUGUUGACACUCUCAAAGAACGCCAAAAGGUUAGUGAGGCAAGAUUUACCAUUGCAGAAGCCAUGCUGGUUCUCUCCCAGCAGGGCCUGUUCUUCUAUCUGCGUUACAAUUUUAUCCUUGAGGAUGCUUUCCAUCAAUUUGCCUGGAACAGACAUUAAGCUAACCAACCGGUAAUUUCCCAGAUCGCCCCUGGAUCCCUUUUUGAAAAUUGGUGUUACAUUGGCUACUUUCCAGUCCUCCGGUACAGAGCCUGAUUGCAGGGAUAAGUUAUAUCUUUUAGCAAGGAGGUUGGCAAUUUGACAUUUGAGUUCUUGGAUGACUCUUGGAUGGAUGCCAUCCGGCCCUGGCGAUUUGUUAGUUUUCAGUUUUUCCAGACAGUUUAGAACAUCAUCUCUUGUCAGUUCUAUCUGACUGAGUUAUUUAGCCUCCAUCCUCGAAAAGCCUGUUUCAGAAAGGUAUAUUCUCAGUACCCUCUGACAUGAAGACAGAUGCAAAGAACUCGUUUAGCUUCUGUGCAACCUCAAUAUUCUCCUUAAUAAUCCCUUUCACUCCCUCAUUAUCUAACGGCCCAACUGCCUCCCUGGCAAGUUUCCUGCUUCUAAUGUAUUUAAAGAAGUUUUUGUUAUUCCCCUUGAUGCUUUUAGCUAAUUGUUCCUCAAACACUAUUUUCGUCUCCGUUAUUGUCACCUUGCAUUUCUUUUGCCAGAGUUUGCAUUCCUUUCUGUUCUCUUCAUUUGGACAGGCCUUCCAAUUUCGGAAGGACGUCGUCUUCCCUUUUAUGGCUUCCUUGACAUUACCUGUUAGCCAUGCUGCUAUCCUCUUGGACUUAGUGGUACCUUUCCUCCUUUGGGUAUACAAUCUAACUGGGCUUCUAGUAAUGUGGUUUUGAGUAAACUCCAUGCAUUCUGGAGCGAAGUGACUCUCUUGAUUUUCCCUUUCAGCUUUCUUUUUACCAUACUCCUCAUUUGGGAGAAAUUUCCUCUUCUGAAAUUCAAAGUGUCUCUCUUAGACUUCCUUGGUGAUUCUCUCCCCGCAUGUAUGCUGAAUUUGAUGGCACUAUGGUCACUGUUCCCUAAAGGGUCGGUGACAUUGACAUCACAUACCAGGUCCUAAGUGCACUCAGGAUAAAGUCCAAGGUCACCUUCUCUCUGGUUGGUUCCAAGACCAACUGUUCUAGGGCUCAGUCAUUUAGCGUAUCUAGAAAUGUGACCUCUUUCUACCGUGGUUCCCCGAAAAUAAGACAUACCCAUAAAAUAAGCCGUAGCAGGAUUUCUAAGCAGUUGUGCAAUAUAAGCCAUACCCCGAAAAUAAGACACAGUGGUGAUCUCUCCUGGCUCAGUAGCAGGCUGCUUGCUGAAGCUUUUCCCCUAUCCCCCUGGUGUUUGUGUGGGGUGAGAGAGACCCACAGACAG